AUGGUACAAUGGCGAGAGAGGUCUCCUUCUCUCGAGCCCGAGUAUCAGCCGGAUCGAGGCCAGGCCGCAGAGGAUGGUGUGGCCCCAGCACGGACACAACCUGAGGUUACUUCUGAUCAGGCCAUGCAUGAUACUAUGGCCAGAGUUUUACUUCAUCUUGAUGCCCAGCAGGCGGCAGCCGGUGUUACUACUCCCGGCGGGGGUUCACAGACCAGAGUUGGGGCGCAGACCCCUGAGCAGGGACCUACGCGGGUAGCACAUCCCGCCGCAGCUAUGGCUCCUCGCAUUGAUGCGAUACCCGCUCCUGGUGAUGAUAUUAGGCCCAUGGAGGGCGCUGUUAUGACUGCUUCUGAUCAGGACCUUGUUGGGAGAUUCAGGAAGUUAGAGCCGCCGAGGUUUGCUGGUACUUCGUCUGAGGAUGCUUAUGAGUUUAUUCUUGAUAUGCACGAGUUGCUGCACCGGAUGGGGAUCGUGGAGACCCACGGGGUUGAUUAUGUGUCCUACCAGUUUCGCGGCGACGCGAAGACGUGGUGGAGGUAUUUCGUGGCUUGCAGACCUGAGGGUUCCCCUCCUUUGACUUGGACUCAGUUUUACCGGGCCUUCCUUGAGAAGUAUGUGCCUCGGUCUUUGCGAGAGGCGCGUAGGGAGGAGUUUUUGCAUCUUGAGUAGAGGGGCAUGUCUUUGGAGUCCUAUGUGACCCGUUUUCUAUAUUUGGCCCGCUAUUCUACUCCUUUGAUCCCUACUGAGGCCGAUAGGAUCAGGCGUUUUGUUGGGGGACUAGUGGGCUCUCUACAGAUUCCUUGUCUUCAGAUGGAGUCUAUGGGGGCUUCCUUCCAGUCCAUUAUCGAGCAUGCUUCUAUGGUUGAGGGCGCUAAGGCCCGUGCUUUUGGUGGUAGUGACAAGAGGCCACGUCAGACUGGCAACUUUGGGGGUUCUAGUUCGAGGGGCGCCGGUCAGUUUUCGAGGCCACCUCAGCCAUA